GACCAUUUGGAUGAAACGAUGCAACAGCACCUCAACUAGCUUUCUCUAUUGACACACGCUUUCCUUUUUUCUCCAAACAAUCAAUAGAAAGUAAAAAAAAAAACCUCAGAACAAAGGAGGAAAAAAGUAUUUGUUUUCUCCUCUCCGAAAUUGUCGGAUUUUCCAAUUCAUGAUCCUUCUCCGCUCGAAUUCGAUCCCACCCACAUGGAUUGCUGCGUCUUCGUUGGCCGGAAAUGGCGUCAGCAAGCAUCUCUAUCGAGGCGGCUCGGAUACCUCCCGUUGUCCGACGAUGAAGCUGACGGUUCUGAGAGUUUGGUGACUGUUGUGGUUGGGAAGGAGAAGAGGGUGUUUGUCGUCGACCCUUUUGUUUUAGAGAAAGACCCUUUUCGGGUUUUGCUCGAAACGAUGAGACAGAACAAGAAGGGUAAGACAAGAGGAUCUAGUGAGAACAGAGAAGUGAUUUUUAUCGCCGUCGAUGCGAUUUUGUUCGAACAUAUGCUGUGGUUGAUGGUCAAUGACUGGCCUUCUUUCCUUCAUCUCAAUCUCAGUGAGAUAAUAGAUUUCUACGCUCAGGAUUCUUGAGUAAGAAGAAGGUUCCCUUUUUUUUUCUUUUUUAUUUGUAAUUUCUGUUCAUGAAAUGUUGUCUGGAACAUUUUUUUUCUUUUUCCUUUUUUCUUUUUUCUUUUUUUCUUUUUUUCUAAUUUUUAAAGAAGGGAUACUGUAUUGAUUUGUAAGGGUGGAGUACCGAGAGAAGAAAAUCAAUAUUUCAGAUGUAAGAUAAUGAAGGGUUCUGAUUAAUUUGGAAUUGUAGAUGACACUUAUUAUAGAAUAAGUGAUAUUGCAGAUGUAAGAUAUUGAAGGGUUCUGAUUAAGUUGGAGUUUUAGAUGACACAUUAUUAUAGAAUGACCUUCUUUUUA